AUGAAUCUCCUCCCUACAUCUCAGUCUCGGCGUACUCCUACGGCGUCGGUGUCACCGAUAUCCCUCCCGGAUGAACUGAUUGCGGAAGUACUCUCAUGUCUUACCGUAAGGCCACUGAUGCGAAUGAGAGGAACAAUUAGUUGGUUCAUGCAAUGGAUUGCUAUGUUUGGUAGCCUAUUCUCGCGUUUAUCGGAAUAUUCAGAGUUGGUUUCGCUUUUGGAAUCCGGCCACCGGGAAAAUAUCACAAAGGUGUUGGCUUUAAUGCACACUAAAGUUAGAGUGUUCAGCUUGCAAGACAACGCUUGGAGUAUUAUUCAAAAUCCUCCUAUGCCUCGUAUUUGCUCGAUGAAUGCUGUGUAUCUGAGUGGUAGUGUUAAUUGGUUGGCAUGUCAUGGAGUCUCAAUUAGAUAUCCGCAGUUUGUGAUUGUUUCAUUUGAUUUGGGGGCAGAGACACAUACUCAAUUUCAGUCUCCUCCAGGUUUUGAUCAACUGCCAUCUGUUCAUGCACCAAAUCUAACUGUGUUAAAAGACUGUCUUUGUUUUUGUCACGAUUUCAAACAAACUCAUUUUGUUAUAUGGCUAAUGAACAAAAUUGGAGUGGAAGAUUCUUGGACUCAAUUUUUCAAAAUUAGUUAUCAUAAUCUUCAAAUAGAUCCAUUUGAAGAUUUAGUAUCUUUUUUAAUUCCAAUAUGUGUCUCGGAGAAGAAUGAUACACUAUUAUUGGCAAACGAAGAUAGAAAAGUAACGAUUCUCUAUAACUGGAGAGAGAAUAGAAUAGCCCUUGGCCCUUGGUGGUGCACUCGCUUGAAUUAUGUUGAAAGCUUGGUAUCUCAUUGUUGA